GUGUUGUUAAUUGGAAAAGUCCCUAGUGUUUAGCAGAAGGUUCAAGUGUUGUUAAUUGGAAAAGUCCCUAGUGUUUUGCUAAGUCCCGUGUCUGUCUAUUAAAGGCAAUAAGCUGCUCGGCCACUGCGCAACGAUGGAGCUCUCGCAGCGAUGGAGAUGACGCAAACAGCCUGUGCACUCCGAAAAAGUGAUUCCAAGCGAACAUGGCGGCGACAACUUAGACGCGUUCCAAGAUGACAACGGCCAGCCGGAGACGGGAUUCAAGGCUUGACGCGAGGCUUCCAGGCGGCGACCAGAGCGGGCCGGUGGCUUUACUUUGCUGAGAAUCUGCGGCAGGCAAGGCAAGCAGGCAGACGCCCCAGCAGCAGCAGCAGCAGCACAAGCAGGAACAUCCUCACAAUCAAAAACGAAGGGAGGACACCCGAGCAAGGAAGGGAGGGAGGAAGGGACGGACGGACGGAGGGACGCGGCAUGCGGUCAAAGAGGACGCCUUCCCCCCGCGGGGAGACGCGGAGGAUGCGGCAAGCUUAAUCCCGCAACCGGACACGGGCAACGGCACCCCGAGGAGAAUUAAGCGAGCCGAAUGAGUAUUGAGACAGAGCAGCCCCCGCGGUGGAGUCGGCUAGGGCAGCACUCUCCUCCUCCUCCUAAAAUAUGAGCAGGGGUGCUCGGAUGCGUCGACAACAUGACGAAGGCGUCAAAUUCUGGUUGGCACCCCGAGGGACCGAGAAGCCGUCCACCGAGUCGGAGCGGGCCCAGAGAUGGCGACUGUCGCUGGCCUCGCUGCUCUUCAUCACCGUCCUGCUCUCGGAUCACCUGUGGUUCUGCGCCGAGGCCACGCUGGCCCGCACCAGGGACAAGCGGCGCUCGGGCCCGACGGCCGAGCAGCCUCGCUCACUCCGCUGGUGGACACCGUCGGAACCCUCACCCUCAUCAUCAUCAUCCUCCUCAUCACCACAUGACCAUCAUCAUCAUCAGCGGCAAGAUGCUAUUUUUCUAGGGAAUUCUACCCAACCUCUGUGGCGGAUGGACACCUGUCACCCGGACAGUGUGUCCAAAGACUGCUUCACUUUCACGGACGCGGACACCGUGUGCCUGGGCCUCGGAGGGGGAGACGCCACCGCCGCGCAGUCGGCGGCCUACGUCAACCUGAGCGAUUUGUACCUUUCUUUUUGUAAUUCUUACUCACUUUUGGAUUUGUUUUACGGGUUUACCGCUCCGCACCACAUGAAUUGCACCCUGGAUAUGGCCAUGGGGGCGGACGCGCCGGGAUGCGGCCGCUGCGUCCGGGCGUACCAGCUCCUCGACCAGCAGGCGGAGGACAACUACCGGGAGUUCGAGCUCCUAGUGCGCAAAUACGAGACGGACGCGUACUCGGUUCGGACGUGCAUGGAGGAAUGCAAGUUGGCGUACAAGCCGUGGCUGUGUUCUCAGUACUUCCAGACCACCCAGUUGCACUGCACCAAAAGAAUCCCCUGUGGUCAACACUGCCUGGAGGUGCAGCAGCGGUGCCCCUUCGUCCUGCCUGACAAUGACGAUCUCAUUCAUGGAGGCAGCCCGAGUUUUAUAUGUGCAGGGUUGCUAGAGGACCACCCCUCCGGCGCCAAGCCCGAAGCGGAGUGCUGCGACGUACGGUGGGACUUGAAAGAGGACAACCUCUCUCGAGGAACGCUGAAAAGAACUCACCCGCCGUGCCAGCACCGAACCUCGCUCAGCUCGUCGGCAGCGUGCAGACUGUGCAACAGCCGCCUCAAACUCUGCCUGCUAGUUCUGGUCCUCCUACACACCGUGGCCAGCCUCACCGCAUCCCACAAUGCAACGGGGCUCCCCGCCAUGGAGGAGAGCCCCGCCAAUGAGGAGUGACUUCGCAGCUGCUUGGAAUGAGGUUGUCCUGGGGAAGGGAUCCCCUCACUGUGGAUGGAAAAAUACAGCCACAGUUUUUUUGUUCGGCGACACUUCCAAACGGGAAAAACGCGGGGACGCUUGAUACAAAAGACACAAACCCAAUCAAGAUGCGGAAAUAAAAAAGGGGAGGGGCUUGUUAGCUAGGAACAGGGGACAACGCCGCAGCCUUUGAGUGGGAACGUUUAGCUUCCCGCUGGCUGAGUUUCUCUCAAUUCAGCUUUUUUACACUGUGUUCCCAUUCAAGCUUUUCCGUUGCACUGCCCGAAUAUGAACCGCCAUCUUCAUAUUCUCAUCUUUUUUUGUUCAAAGUGCUUAAAGAGAUGACUUGUACAAACUAAAUUGGCUGCAAGAGUGAUGUGUGCAAAGAUGUGUAAGGAAAAACAUGCUCGGAUUUUCUUUGGAUUUCAUUUUACGGAGCCCUAGCUAGUUUAUUUUGUUAAACAACAACAGGGUAUUCAAUACAGGAAAAAAGCUCCGGCCCAGUUCAGAGGCCAUCUUUGGUGAUCUGAUCACAAGUGGACAUUCGAGGUGGAAAUUACCAUUUUCAUGACGAUCACAGGGGUGGGCAAUUUGGCCCCCCAAAAAUGGAUAACUUUUUUUUUUUCUUUUUCACACUGUCCAAUCUCACGGAAGAGAAUUAGGGCCACUGAAAUGGGGAAAAAAAGGCAAGAUUCUGACUUUGGAGUCAGAAUGUUGGCCACUGUUUUUUCCAAUGGUCCUAAUCCUCUUCUGUAUUGGUAUGCCAUAGUAUUACCACCAAUCAGAUAUCACAAUUUCCACUCAAUAAUUAGCCAAUUGGUUCCUCCAUCCUAAUUUAUUGUUGCUAUAUAACAAACAAUAGUCUUAAAAGUCAAACCCUCUAGUCACAAGUAUUGGUAGACAAUUAGAGAAUAAUUAGAGGACGUUAUGAGGAAAAUAUCUAUGCUACUAUGCUGCUUCUGUUUACACCGGAUAGUUUUGGUUGUAGCACAACUUGAUACAUUUUACAUUUUUGGCAGGUCAGUUCAAUGUUCAUUCAAAAAUCAAGUGAGUGAUGGAAAAAACUGUCAUAAUGGCUGUAUGACUUUUAAACAAAUAAUUAAAAAUGGAUUAUAUUUUGCCAUAUCGAUAUCGUGAUAUAAAAUGGCCCAGAUCAGAUAGAUUUUUUUCCAUAUCUCAUGGCACUACAUUGCGUAUUAGCACUAAGCAUAGCAUUAAGCAUUAGCAAGCGUUUGAAAAAUGUAAUGUAGUCUGGAUUUUAGUGCACAAUAUUACUUUAGCGCAUCUUAACAAUAUUUGCAACUGUGUAUAUUUGAUUCAGUCAAUCACUAAGAUCUUUUUCAAUUUUACCAACUAUAUAUAGUAUUGUCUGAUUAGAAUUCAAUUACUCAAGAUUAAUUAAUUACAAAGUAACUAAUUGGAUAUAGCCUCCAAGUAUUUUUUUUUUUUUGCUAGUCCCACUAAUAAAUUCUCUAUUUCACAACCAAAUAGUUUUGUUUUACUUUUAUUUCUAACUGUACUUUUUUUCAAUUUUUAUUUUAUUUUAUUUUAUUCCACAUCAACAAUUUCACGAUGAUACAGUAUUGAUUCUUUGGAUACGGCAACAAUAUCUGCUGAUAUCACAAAGUCUGACGCGAAGGUCUUUUGAUCGAUAUAUUAUACCCCCUAGUGGACACCUUCUGAAAAUUCACACCACAGCUCCUAUUUUGACAUGUUGUUAUAGGAUAUUUCAUGAUGUAAAUGUUCACUUAGUGAAACAGUUUUGCCUUUCAACUGGGAGUUUCUCUUUUCUGAUAGUUGAACAGAGGUGUGUAGACUUAAGUGGACAAUUGUCAAGUGAUCAGAUCACCAAAGAAGUAACUGUAGAAGGGCCUCAACGUUUAAACACAAUAUAUGUCUCCCUCACUUUGUUUUGUGAGAUAUUCCCCCAAAAUUUCAAAAGCAUUUGAUUUUUUUUAGUACCAUUGACAUUAACAGAUAGCAAUCAUUCGAUACCUCCCAGGAAAAAUUAAUUGGACGUCUAUCACGGUAAAUGGCAGCUAGUGAGUUAUUGUGGUACGUAAUAUUCCUAUUCAAAACUUCAAAACACAGCCAAAAUUCACUUGGCGCAGGCUAUUCCGAUUUUGCACCUAAGGUUGACGAUUCCGCCCCAUUCAUUUGCAAUGGCAGAAACAAUAAAAUUUCAAAUUUUCUAAUUGCUGCAUGUCCUACAGUUUUUGUCCGAUUCACAUAAUUCUUGCAUCAGAAAAAAUUACAAAAUCCAAGCGCACGCAAUUUAUGAGCCAGCUUUUGACUAAAAAUGCACAGUUUCAACAAAAUUGCACAAAUGCUUCCCUAUACAUUUUCAACGUCCCCAUUCAUUUCCAAUUCAUUUCCAUUAUUUUUUAAAC